AUGUAUCUGCAACCAAACAUCAACCAUAUAUUGUCGAUAACCAAAGACAUACAACCUCAGUCUGACUUAAACAAAAACAUAAAUAAGGACUUGAAAAAGGACUUGACCGAUUUACCAAUGGACAUCAAAAACGACUUGCAAAAAAUGAACCAAUCCUCCUUAAACAACAACACCAACAACAAUAACAACAAUAAAUUCCCUUCUUACCAUCCAAUAGUGCCCAAGCUUCUAUCCAGCAACAUUAGCAACAUCAACAUAAAUAACUACAAGCUCCCUUCCAUAAGCCAGUCCUUUGCCAACUCUGAAAACAAAGACUACCACCUCUCCUCCCAGCCAAACCAUUUUAACCAAAUCAACUCCAAUGACAAGUUCAAAUUAUCCUUCCUAACAAAUCCUUCUUCCUCCUUCUCAAUGCCAUCGCCUCCUCUCUCAGAACCAACAAACUCCCCUAUUCUCAAACUAAAGUCCUCUUCCUCCACCACCACCACCACCUCCUCCUCCUCCUCCUCCUCCUUAUCCACUCUCUCAGCUUCCGCCUCAACCUCCAACCCAGCUUCCUCUGCUUCCUCUCCCUUAUCUACCUCCUCUUCUUUGAUGCCCAAAAAAAUAAGAUCAAUCAAACCAAAGAAAUUUGCACAAAGCCUAUCUGCCAACUCUUCCUCUGCUCUAUCUGUACUAAACUCUUCAAAUAUGAUCGAAAAACCCCAAAAGAGACCCAGAAAAAGAAACUCAAAUUUAAAUUCUCUCUCAAUCAACAACAAUAACUCUCUCAUCAAAAACAAAAGAGACAAAUCAAAACUACUAAAUCUAAAAAACUUGAAAAAUAUAAAGAACCUCAAGAACUUGUCUACAAAAAACAUCAUCCCAAAGAUUAAUUUCCCCUACCAACCCUCAAAAUACACUGAUUCCCUUCAAUGCAAAACUUCAGAAUACUGCUGCUCAAAAUUCCUCAACAACACCUUAAAUGCCUACGAAUACAAAAUAGGCGACGAAUAUAUAAUCUGGCAUAUGACAACUGGCCACAUCUUGUUCACAAACAUCCUCAAAAUCCUCAACUACAAAGUCGACAUUCCCAAACUAGUCAAAGAUAACUACGAGGAACUAGAUCCAAAUUCAAAACUAAACUGCUCCUUGCCUGAACAUUACCAAAAUUUAAUAAAAGUCAAAGGUGGCGUAACAAAGAUUCAAGGAACAUAUAUAAGCUAUGAAUUUGCCUACAAAUUGGCUACAAAAAUUGCCUACAAAUUGAGAUACGUCUUGGUUCCUUUAUUUGGGGAACAGUUCCUAAAUGAUGUUCUACCUUUCGAUCAUCCUUUUUAUGGAAAAUUGAUAAUUGAUGAUAAUAAAUUAGCUGCUACAAAACAAAUAUCGGUUUUAAUUAAUAAGAUUCCUUUAAAUAAUCAUUUAUUAUUUAGCUACUGA